ACUUGGAGCAGAUAACCCUCAAGAAGAUGCUCCGGUGAAGAAGAGCGGAUUGAGCGUGAGUGAGCUAGUGAGGGAGGGUUGAGUUGCGAGCACCUCAUUCAUGGCACAGUUGCCGCACUCUCUCUGUGUGUUUAGUGCAGUGGGGUGCAGAGCUCAUGUUUUGUUCGUUGAGGGGAGCUCUUGACGUUGAAGGUCUCGGACGUGGAGUGAGGGCAUGAAUUCUGUUCCUUGGCUGGGUUCGCAAUUUUGCGUUAACCGUGUGGUCGCGCUGUGUCAAGGGCGAGGGAGGGUGCGGAGUGCGAGUAGAGUUACGUUAUCAUGUCUUCUCUAUUCCAGAGAUCAAUGCUGAGCUCCUCCAACUCCACUAUUUGCAAUUCUCUCGCUAAAUUCAGAAGCCAGACUCUGCAAAAGCUAUGUAAUGGAUUGCAGACUCGGACUCGGGUGGUGGUGUGUGAGUUGCCCGGGAAAACUGCAGAGUCGGACGUUAAACCAGUCGACCAGUUGAGUCCCAAAGAGAGAAGAAAAUUGCGGAAUGAAAGACGGGAGGCGUUGAAAGAGGAGAAAGGGUCUUGGAAGGAGCAGGUGGAGACCAAGCUGGACGUCAAGAAGAAACCACCGAAAGGAUGGGACCAGAUUCUCGACAUUAAUCGCCUGGCCUCAAAGGGUUAUGUGUGGUAUAUGGUCUCAACUCCAAAGAAAGCUGAGCAUGAAGCCGCUGAGCAAUUGCAUAUUCAGUUCGCUCAGAUGUUCCCUGGGAUGAAGUACGAGGUAUUGACGCCAUCCAUACCUUCCUUUAGAAAGCUCAAGAGUGGGAGAUAUUCUGAUUCACGUGUGCGGCUCUACCCUGGCUGUUUACUGAUUCGAUGUGUAAUGAAUCGCGAUGUUUACAACAUGAUUAGAAGCAACCUUCGAAUAUACAACUUUUUUGGGACCAAGGCUCAAGGCACAAGCGUAAGUGAUAUGAUAAUUCCCUCGGCAGUAUCAAUUAUUGAAAUUGAAGAGUUGUUUCGGAAGAUGGAGGAAGCGGAAGCUGAAUUCAAGGUGUUGAAAGAAGAAGCAGACAGAGAGGCAGAUGAAAGAGAGAAAUUAGAGAAGCAAGCUAAAUUAAAGGCACAGAUAGAGAAUUUGCCUCCGCCGCCCCCUACCAUAGAGAAGGGUGCGUUAAUACGAAUCAAUGUCGGCCCGUUCAUCAACCACACCGGCAUUGUCAACUAUGUUGACCACGAGAACGAGACCGUACAACUUUCCGUGGUAAUUUUUGGACAGUCUACAGAUGCUGAACUGAGAAUAGAUGAGGUCACCGUCUUAGAGGCGAGUAGAUGAUUAUGUGACUAUGCCCUAUAGAAUUGUCUUGGCAAUCUCUCGUGUCAAGGAUAUAUUUUGGUAGCACCCUCAGCACAUUUAGAUGAAUCAUUAUUCACAAGAACCGAGCCUCGCAGUGUAUGUUCUGUUGGAAGGCAACACAAUAGCUGUCCUAUUUGCGCCAAUCUUAAACUUCUUCUUUCUCUACUGCCUGCAUGUUAUGGUACCGUCAUCGUGCUCAGCAGCUGUUCCUUGUGGUGACUUACCAUAUUGUCUGCAAAGUUGACAGACACACUAACAGUUAUCGUAAUCAAGUAGAUAGGUGCCAUGUGGAACCUUUCCAAGUAUUGACAUU